UCCAACCCUCCCCAAAUGACGCCACCACCCCUCUGUGCUCUGAGGAGCUGGGCGUUGUGUGCUGCCGGUACCAGCCGGUGCGUGCCAUCUGGGGGGGAUAUCCCAGCCCCAUCCCGCUGCUGGUGGUUAGGAGCGGUUUCCUCUUGGCUGCAGCUUGUGAGACAAUUUCUGGAUACUCUUUUCCACCCAUCAGGUGGCGAUGUCCUGAGUGGGUCCGGGGAGCAGCAGCGCCGGUUAUGGGCCAGCAUCCUCCAGUGCGCCGUGGCAUGGGAGAGACCCGAGAGCAUCGGCCGAGCAGAUGGCAGGGUCAGGAGCAGUUCUGAGGAGCAGCAUCCGGAUAAAGGGGCUGAGACCCUGGACCCCUACAGGGUGUUACUCCGGGGAUCAGAAGAGGACGCUGUCCUGAGCCCUGAGCUGCAAGGAACCUCCCUGAGCUCGUGUGGGUCUCAGAGACCGGAGAGUGAGCUGGGGGCCACACGGGGGUGUGACCAGUGCUUCAGCAACUCCCCAAAUAUGCGGUCAGGGCCUGAGACUGGAGAGGGGCCGAGCCCAUGCCCGGUGUGUGCCCCGAGAGCCAAUGGGAUUCCCCCUCCUGAUGCGCAGGAGAGCAGCGUUCCCAAGAAGGAGAAACCCCACAAGUGCCCGGAGUGCGGGAAAGGCUUCCGGAGGAAGUGGGAUCUCACCAAGCACCAGAGAACCCACUCGGGGGAGCGCCCCUACCCCUGCACGGACUGCAGCAAGAGCUUCAGCCACGUCUCCAACCUCAUCAAGCACCAGCGCAUCCACACCGGGGAGCGGCCCUUCGCCUGCAACAUCUGCGGGCGCAGCUUCACCCUGAAGCAGGUGCUGGUCCGGCACCAGCGCAUCCACACGGGCGAGCGGCCCUUCGCCUGCACCGACUGCGACAAGAGCUUCAAGGACAAGCAGAAGCUGACCAUCCACCAGCGCAUCCACACCGGCGAGCGGCCCUACGUCUGCGCCGACUGCGGCAAGAGCUUCGGGCAGAGCCAGCGGCUCAAGACGCACCGGCGCAUCCACACGGGGGAGAAGCCCUACCUCUGCAGCGACUGCGGCCGGGCCUUCAGCCAGGUCUCCAAUCUGUACACGCACUGGCGCACCCACACGGGCGAGCGCCCCUACCCCUGCACCUACUGCGGCAAGAGCUUCAGCCUCAAGCACGACCUGACCAAGCACCAGCGGGUGCACACGGGCGAGCGCCCCUACCCCUGCACGGACUGCGACAAGAGCUUCAGCCAGAAGCAGGACCUCACCAAGCACCAGCGGGUGCACACAGGCGAGCGCCCCUACCCCUGUGCCCAGUGCGGCAAGAGCUUCAGCAACGUGUCCAACCUCCUUGCCCACCAAAGGACCCACCUGGGGCAGCGGCUCCCAGUGGCCGGCCCGACCCAGCCCGGCAAGGAAUGAACCACCAUGGGGGCGCUGCUGUGAGCCCGUCAGGAAAUCGGGGUGGGUGAUGAGUCCUGUUCUGCUCCCCUUCCCACCAGUGCAAGUCAGGAGCCACUCCAUUCCCUUCUGUGCAGGCACAGCCAGUGUCAGCGGAUGUGCUAACUGAGGGAGCUGAGCAGAGUGGGGAGCAGGGAAAGGACUAGCAGAGGGUGCUAGAUCAAGCCACCCCAGCCGACAUGUUGUCUGGCAGCCCCUCCAGGGCUGAGAUCCCAUUGGUUUCAACAGCACUUACACCAGGGUCUGAUCCCCCCCACGACAUCUCAAGCAAGUGUAAGUUACAGAGGAGUCGCAUCAUAGGCGCAUUUAACUUAUGCGAUUUUAACUAUACGCGCUCAGCAAAACAAAAAAAAGAGAGAAAAAUAAUUUAAAUACUCAAGUAUCAGAGGGGUAGCCGUGUUAGUCUGGAUCUGUGAAAAGCAACAGAGAGUCCUGUGGCACCUUUAAGACUAAC